CACGACCACAAGAGUGUUUGUGAUUAUGGAUUCUGUUAUUGAGAAAAGCUUCUGGUGACUCAGAAAUCAGCAGAGCAGAUGGGUGGGAGCUGAGAUCACAGAAGGACAAAAAAACAUGGGUGACGCGUCGCUUUCCGGCCUGGAGAUGACAGCUGAGAUGUGGGAGAACGGCAGCCUUGCAAGCCCCUCGCCAGGUCUCCCUCUGUUUCUGCUCAUGUUCAAUGACAGCGAUCUGAAUGAGACACUGUUCAACUCCACCAACUCCACUGCCCCUGAUGCCCCCUCAGGUCCCAGCGUGGCAGGGGUCCUCAUCCCACUCAUUUACAUAAUCGUUUGUAUCAUCGGCCUGGGUGGCAACACUUUGGUGAUUCACAUUGUCCUGCACUACUCGAAGAUCGAGUCAGUGACAAACAUCUAUAUUCUCAACCUGGCAAUCGCUGAUGAGCUCUUCAUGCUCGGCCUGCCUUUCCUGGCGGUACAGAACACUCUCCAGUCAUGGCCCUUUGGCUCCUUCAUGUGCCGGCUGGUCAUGACUGUGGACUCCAUCAACCAGUUCACCAGCAUCUUCUGCCUGACUGUAAUGAGCAUCGAUCGCUACCUUGCUGUGGUCCACCCUAUUCGGUCUUCAAAGUGGCGGCGCCCCCAGGUGGCCAAAAUGGUGAAUGGCACCAUAUGGGCGCUGUCGUUCCUUGUCGUUCUGCCAGUGGUAAUCUUCGCUAACAUCCAGAAAGCAGGAGGCACCUGUAACAUUGCUUGGCCCCAGCCGGCUAACAUCUGGAGAGCUGCUUUCAUCAUUUAUACCUCCACCGUUGGAUUCUUCUGCCCACUUCUCAUCAUUUGCCUCUGCUACCUGCUCAUCGUCUUCAAGAUCCGCAGCUCGGGGAAAAAAGUCCAUGCCACCUCAACCAAGCGGAGGAAGUCAGAGCGGAAAGUGACACGCAUGGUUGUGAUUGUUGUUGCAGUGUUUGUCUUCUGCUGGUUGCCCUUCUAUGCCCUCAACAUCAUCAACCUGCUGGUAGCCCUGCCACCAGAAUACCAGGGCCUUUACUAUUUUGUCGUAGUGCUCGGUUAUGCUAAUAGUUGUGCCAACCCCAUCGUCUAUGGCUUCCUGUCAGACAACUUCAAGAGGGGUUUCCGAAAAGCCCUCUGCCGCUCCACGAGGAAGGUUGAGAACCAUGAGCCCAUGGAGCACCAGCAGCAGCAGGAUGAGGGCAGGAGGGCGCUCAUGCCCAGAGAGAGCCUAAGACGAGCGAUCAGGGACGAAGAAGAUGAUGACGAAGAGGCGGUUUCAGAAAUGACGGAGAUCUACAGAAUUGCCCAGAAUGGAAACAGCAGCUACCAGCUGCAGAACUUGCAGCCGUUAUUCUUAGAGAAAGGAGCGACACCUGGAGCCACGGAGCUGCCGUCCCCAAACACGAGGGACAACGCUGGGGACGUGAAAGGGAAAGAUGCCGCCAACGGCACCGCACUGACUGUCCCGCUGCUUCUCAAUGGAUCCAAGAAUGGGAGCGUUAAAACACUACCAGAGGAAAACGUGGAACCGAGCGCCUCAUUGGAGAUAAGUUAUCUAUAG